AUGGAGAGGUCAAUAACUUUCACCAGACUUCCACUCAUGCGUAAAAUAGGGAAACAGCAAGUCCAAAGAUUUAGACAAACAUUAGACAUUAAAGAUUUUGCUGAUGCCAAAAGGAACAGUGGAGUUGCCCAUCCAGCUUUCGAUGUUUUCAUUAUUGAUAUAAACAUUAAGUUCCUGCAGUGUCUCCAAAAUAUUGGCCUCAGGACAGAUUGCCACCCGUGCCUUAUAUUGAGGUCAGACUCUCUCGAGCAGCUGCUCACAGAACUUGAAGAUUUUCUGAGGAUACUGGACAAGGAGAACUUGAGCAGCACUGCCGUUGUGAAGAAAAGCUUCCUCUCCGACCUUCUGCGGGUCUACACCAAGUCCAGUGGUGGCGAUGAGGAAUAUAUUUAUAUGAACAAAGUGACCAUCCAUAAACAGCAGGGUGACCAGGAGAAACAAGACAAAGCACCGGAUCGGAGAAACUCCUUGACCAAUGGAGACUCAGGACUGCAUUCGUCCCCUCCUCAGAAGAGCCUGCCGGACCUCCCCCCUCCAAAGAUUCCCGAAACAAAACAACCUCCCGUCCCCAAGAUUGAAUCCCCAGAGGGAUAUUAUGAAGAGGCUGAGCCAUAUGAUGUCUCUGUAAAUGAAGAUGGUGAAGCCGUUAGUAGCUCCUAUGAAUCUUAUGAUGAAGAAGAGAGCAGCAAAGGCAAGUCAGCAACCCAUCAGUGGCCGUCCACGGAGGCCACCAUUGAGCUGAUGAAGGACACCCGCAUCUGUGCGUUCCUGUGGAGAAAGAAGUGGCUGGGACAGUGGGCAAAACAGCUGUGUGUUAUCAAGGACACCAGGUUGCUGUGCUACAAGAGCUCCAAAGACCACAGCCCUCAACUUGACGUGAAUUUGCUGGGCUGCACUGUCAUUCACAAGGAAAAGCAAGUGAAGAAGAAAGAGCACAAGCUGAAGAUCAUCCCCAUGAAUGCAGAUGUCAUCGUGCUGGGGCUGCAGAGUAAAGACCAGGCAGAACAGUGGCUCAGGGUAAUCCAAGAGACCAGCGGUCUGCUGUGUGAAGGAGGCAGUGAAGGCAACCAGUACAUCCCAGAUUCACAGCGUCUCAGUUACCCAAAGGUGGAGGUAUCUGAGAGGUACUCUGCAGCCUCCGAGAGCGGGAGCAGCACAGACGGCCACCCAGAGACAGCUGAGACAAAAGAUGUUAAGAAGAAGGGCACAACUGGCCUGAAACUGAGCAACCUGAUGAACCUUGGGAGGAAAAAAUCCAGCUCCCUGGACAGCCCAGAGAGAUCCCUGGAGACUUCAAGUUACCUGAAUAUGCUCGUGAACAGCCAGUGGAAGUCCCGUUGGUGUCAGAUAAAAGACGGUCACCUCCAUUUCUACCAGGACAAGAACCGAAGCAAACUGGCUCAGCAGCCCCUGAGUUUGGCAGGUUGUGAAAUUAUCCCAGAGCCAAGCCCUGAUCAUCUCUACUCCUUCCGCAUCCUGCACAACGGGGAAGAACGGGUCAUUCUGGAGGCAAAGUCCUCAGAAGAAAUGGGCCACUGGCUGGGCCUCCUCUUGUCGGAGUCAGGUUCGAAAACAGACCCGGAGGAAUUUACCUAUGAUUACGUGGAUGCUGACCGGGUUUCCUGCAUUGUGAGCGCCGCAAAGAACUCCUUCUUCUUAAUGCAGAGGAAGUACUCUGAGCCCAACGCCUAUAUCGACAACCUGCCAAAGGGCAGGAUGCAGCAGGAGGAGCUGUACGACGAUGUGGAUCUGCCAGACCUGUCUGCGGAAGAAGUACCCAAAAGUGAGAGCAAAUUGGAGGGAGACCAAGACAGAGUGUACCUGGACCUCACCCCAGUGAAGUCUUUCCUACACUGUGCUGGCAAGAAGUCAUGCCAGCCUUCACCCCUCAGCUCACCGUCUUUAGAAAGGGCUGCCAACAAGGCUGCAGCAGAGAGCACAACCGAGACAGCCCUUGUGACUGAGGAAGCCGAGCCCUGUAGUAAGGCAAUGGAGACCUUGGAGCAGAAACACCCAGAGAAGCCGGAGCCCGACGAGGCGCCACCACAGAUGCCCGCCAUCAAAAUCCAGACACAGCAGCAGAACAUCGCCUUCCCCCAGCUGCUCCUGAAAACAUUUUCCCUCCCACUUUUUCCCUGGCUGAGCUUGAUUUGGUGGGUUGUGUUUCCAGCAGCAGCAGUGGAAACCAAGCUGGGCAAAAACAGGACGGAGGCGGAGGUGAAGCGGUUUACAGAGGAGAAGGAGCGGCUGGAGAAGGAGAAGGAUGAAAUCCGGGCUCAGCUCACCCAGCUGCGCAAGGAGAGGCGGGAGCUGAAGGAAAUGCUUGCAGGCAGCACAGACAAGAUCCUGGAGCAGAGGCUGAAGGAGAUAGAAGAAGAGUGCAAAAGGAAGGAGAGCCAGAGGGUGGACCUGGAGCUGAGCCUGGUGGAGGUGAAGGAGAACCUGAAGAAGGCAGAGUCCGGCCCUGUGACGCUGGGGACUGCUGUGGACACCACGCACCUGGAGAAUGCAGCCCCCCGGAUUCAGGCAAAAACUGCCAGUCCGGCAAAUAGCGCAGAGAACUCACCAGUCAAUUCGGCAACGGCUUUAAAGAACCGGCCUUUAUCCGUCAUGGUGACGGGGAAGGGAACAGUACUACAGAAAGCUAAGGAAUGGGAGAAAAAGGGAGCUAGUUAGAACCACGUUUUUCAGAGAUGGACUAAAGACUGGAAUUGCCCAUGCAUGGCCAAGGGGAUUCAAUCAUCUGUAGGUGGAGGUUGGGUGUGCAACGCAACCGCACACCAGGCGCCUCCUCCACAUUGUGCCAACUGCUCAGAUGCAGCAAUGGAGUCAACAGCUGCCGAUACAAAUUAUCCCAAAUGAUCUUGCUCUUUCCAGACGAGUCCCAAUCACGUAGCUAAAACAAUAACAAUCAGUGGCAAUCCUUGCAUCAAAUUCCUAACCCAGUUGAUGUAAACAAGAAUGUUACUGUACAUAGGGGUGUUUUGUGUAUUUCUACUCUGAAGGUUUAUCAAUGAGUUAUUAAGGUUUCUGUAUUAGUGACAGUAGUGGGUUCAGAAGGGGCCUCCGCUAUUCUUUAUACCCUGGUGGUUUUCAACCUGUUGUGGCAAAUUGCAGUCAACCGAAGUCUUGCCUGUCUUGCUGCCAGUCAUCACUCAGCUGCAGAUCAUCCAGCCUUCAGUGAAGGGCAAUACCCAUGCCUGAGUGAUGCUUGAGACAUAAAUGAGAAGCACACAGCAGCCUGUCCCGGGGGAUUUUUAAUCGGUGUCCCGAUGCAUCCCAGCAUGUGCUUACUCCUACCAGCCUACUGCACAUUUGCCAGAAUAUCAAGAAAGAUCCCUGUUCACCUUCUCGUGCUGUAAGCUGUGCUACAGACUGGUGGCACCAAGAGCUCUGGGCAAAGAUCUGCCAAGCAGAUUCAGUUAAUUUUCUUGAAGAUCUUGAUCUACUUCACCUGAGGCGUUUGUGCUGAAGAAAAAAAAAAAUCAUAUUUGAAUGCUUGUUAAUAAUUUAUCAAAGGCACAGGCCUGCUCAAUCUGUUUGAUGGGGAAGCUGGACCCCGAUGUAUCCUUCAGGGCUUGUGCAUUCCAAGGGAAGGGGAGGUAAAGCCAUCCCCGUGCUCCUGCCCUGGCUGUGAGCACCACUCUGCUGAUGCUCUCUGGUCCCCACAGAGCAUCCCAUGGCAGGCCAAGCUAACCCCACAGCUGUACAAUCUGCUGAAGACAUCCCUGUGUGAAAGGGGCCCCUCCACACGGGCAGGGCUCGCCUCCAGGCCCAGCAGCUGAGGUUGCACCACUGUGUCUCUGGUGGGCUGCUGGCUGUCUUGGUGCUGUCACCCUUAUUUCAAAAUUAAUAAACAACUUAAUAUAGCCUUUGGGCCCUGGCAGUGUGGCCCACAAAGCCCACCCCCUCUGCCCUAGCCAAGCUUUCUAAUGAAAGAUGUUGGACAUUUGGGACUGCUAAACUUAGAGACAUUGAAAUUCAAAGAGGUUUGGGGAGGGGUGUCAGAAAUCCAUGCAUCCUCUCCUCCCUGUAACCUGCUGUCAUGUCUGAUGGCUUGGAGACAACUCUGGUGGUCCUUCAGCCCUGGAGCCCAGGCUCAGUAACUGGGUUGACUGUGCAGGGGCUGCAGCUGUUUUCCAACCUUGCAAGCUAAAGCAGCACCAGUACCCCGGCUGGGUUGUUCCUGGGGUCCUGCAGCUACACCGAUGAGCAUCACGUGGAGCCAAGGUAAACACAGAUAGGCAAAAUGUACCUGCCUAACCCUUGAAAACCUUUGACAGGCCUGAG